UUAUUGGUCUCUUCAAGUAUGGCCCGGUAAUGAGAGACGUGUUCAUCACCACCGCUCUCUCGAACGACGGGUCUCUGGCGAACCAGCGGCGUCUCUGCAGGGCAGAAGGCGGCGAGCCUCUCGUCAUCAAGACCAAGCAAGUCAGAGACAAGGCAGUGCAACUCGUCAAGGAUUACACGAUAAAAGCUUCUCCAAAUUUGGACAAAGUUGCCUGGUUGAGUGCGACUGGCAAUGAAACAAACUUGUCUCUCCCCUUCACCUGGCCUGACGGCAGCGACAUAUCCAACUGUGCAUCAAAUACAAAUGAUGUAAAAACUCCCUACUAUGUUGAUGGACCUGCAACGAUGCUCUCUGAGAAAAACGUGAUCCUGCGUACAGGAAUGAAGACAAACCUUAAAUACAAUGUGCUGUGUUCAACAUAAGUUGUACUUCGAAUGCCCAUAAAAUGUCGGAUUGCCCUUUUUCCCCGUUCAUUGCCUAAGACUGUAUCAAAGCACACAAGAAUGGAAAUCAUGUUUGUCAUAGAGUUAAGUAUGACCUUUAAACGGAGGAUAUAGCACCGCAUUUCAAAUCAUAAGAAGCAAACCAUAUAGCAUCGCAUCUCAAAUAUUUUGGAGCAUCGGAAUUUCGGUCACGUCUGAUAACAUUUCAGGACCUAUGUGGCUUCUUGACCUACACACUACACAGUAUACGCUCUAGAAUCUAUGACAUUUAGAUAUUAAAGCUACGUACUUCAAAAGACUACCCGACCAACACUGUUUGCUCUUGAGGCUCUCUAGAUUUAUAAGCUACGUAAUUCAAAUGUCACAGUGCUUGUAUGAGUCUUGAUCGCUGCUCUCUAAAUAUUGAAGUUACGUGCUUCAAAAAGCCACGAGACUCAGUGAUUGCUUUUUAGUCUUGAUCGCUAUUAUCACCAUCCAAUUUAUACCCCGAAAUUUCCUUUACUUGCUGCUAAUGCACUACGGCUGUUUUCUCAUGUGUUGUGAUAAAAUUAAUUAAUUAAUUAAAUCACUGAAUCUUACCUGUACACAUUUAUUUUACACGAUCUCGUCUAUACUCCAUUAACACCCUAUUUACUCGCACGGUUCUUACCCGAUACAAUUCUCGCAAUCACCUCAGUUCUCAUAAUUAAUUCAAGUCUCUC